CGGCUAUCCCACUUCCUCGGAGUUCCAGGACUCGCCUGAUGGAUCGAUUCAUGCAAGUGCUCGGACUCUGACCUAGCCUUUAAUUAAUCUUCCAAGGAUCGAUUGCAGCAAUGUCUUCUGUCUGGUCAAGUCUCCUUGGGGCAGUAGUAGUUAACCAGAAGGGUUGUUGUCGCCAGGUAGGGCAUUGCGGAUUUUCCAAGCGUGAGGCAUGCUCUGCUUCGCUGCCCAUCGUCUUGCCAUCUCUACUCCGUAGUCAUGGUUCACUCGGGCUGAAGUAUGCAAGCAAUCGCCAUCAUGCAGGGUUUCCUGGUAAGAAAGCAAGUUUGCAGGACGAUGUACGUAGGCGGAUGUCUCACCGUCUGCAUGUUUCCUACAAGGGCCCUAAAAGUCAAGGUUCGGGAAGCUAAAAUUGAGAGACUGGAAGGAGCUGAAGAAGAACUGUAGAGGGGAUGUUCCCCCUACGCACUGUGGUAAUGGGUAUGGAUCCCCAUGCUCUUUCCCCUUUUCUUCUCUAUCUGUCAGUGGGUGUGUUUUCGAUGCUCGAUAGGUGGCCUACAGGAUAGUCCCCGUCCAACUAGCGACUAGCGUUCCACGCAAACAUUCUGUGGAUCAUCGGUCCACCGUGGCUUGCCAGGCUGGUCAAAAUCGCGAGACGAUAGCCAAGGGGCCCGUGUGCUGUAAUACUUGAC